AUGGCCACCACUACCACCAUCACUGAGCAGCCCAGCGCUCCCAUCACGGCCGUCGACGAUGGUCGCAUGAAGAUGGAUGGCUCAGACCCGACGUUUGGUGACUGGAGAGAUGACCUUCUUCGCGAUGGCUAUGCCUUGAUCAAGGGUGCCAUCCCGAGAGAGCGUGCCGAUGGCUAUGCCGACAAGAUGUACUCAGUCCUUGAGUCGUUUGGUCUUGGAUACGACCGCAACGACCCGUCUACCGUUCACCCCGACAAGCUUCCCGUCAUCAACGAGAAGGGCAUGCUGAUGGCCUACGGCGCCUGCCACGAAGACUUCGUCUGGAGCAUCCGUAGCGAGCCUGGAGUUGUUGGACCCUUCGAGCAGGUCUACAACACCGAAGACUUGAUUGUCUCCUUCGACGUCAUCAACUAUGGCUUCGCCAACCGCGCCAACUUGCCGGAGAACAAGCCUUGGCCUCACCAGGAUCAAGAUCCCGAGAAGCCCGGAUUCCGCUGCCUCCAAGGCCUCGUCAAUCUCCACCCUUGCGGUCCCAAUGACGGCGGUCUGAUUGUCUGCAAGGGCUCUCACAACCUCAGCGCCCAGUUCCACGAAGAGCUCAAGGACGAGCCUCGCAUCCCCGCUUGGACGAAGGAGUGGUACGGCUUCACCGACCGCGGCAUGCAGUGGCUCAAGGACCAUGGCGGCGAGUGGAUCAAGGUCUGCGCCGACCCCGGUGACUUGAUUGUCUGGGACUCCCGAACCGCACACUACAACGUCCCUGUCAAGGGCGAGAUUGACCGCAUGGCUGUUUACACCUGCUUCAUGCCCGUGACCGACGCUACUCAAGAGGAUCUCUUGAGGAAGAAGGCCGCAUACGAAGCCCGCCUAGGAACUACCCACUGGCCCAACGCCAGACACACCGGCUCGAAUGCUGCAGUUCGCAACGGAAAGCCCGAUCACAUUUUGAGGGACAGGCCACUGAACGACGCGGUUUUGAGUGAGAGAGCUUUCAAAUUGACCGGAAUUCCCUAUAUCCAAACAAGCGCAUGA